CCACAGUCCACAGAUACCCUUCCUCAUCGUCUGUCCCCUUCUCGACAGCGCAUUUGACUAUCAAAAUGCCCUCACCGUCCUCCAAGCCCGUCCCUGCAGACGUCAGAGAGGCUGUGCGUGACACAGUCGCAUAUCGCCACCAACAGCCAGAUCCAACAAGAAACCGCGCCAAUCGUAGCCACACCUCUGCGGCAAACCCCGCCAGCUCCAGGCCCUCUGGCAGAGGUCGUUCUCAUUCAGAAGACUCCGGCAAUAUCGUCGAGAAAGCAAGAUCGAGCGGCAAGUCUCGCACCAAGAAGGGCUCGCAACACGCAGAUGUCAUUGACCGGUUAGAUUUCACUGGCGUUGGUCCCAUGUUCCACCACGAUGGCCCCUUCGAUGCAUGUGCGCCAUCUCGCAACAAGCACAAGACCAAGGCUCCCAUGCAUGCUUGGUCAACCAAGCCUGAAGACCUUGUCCAGCAAUACGGCAACGGGGCUUAUCCGUCGCCUUAUGCUUACCAAGCGUUCUCCAACGAUUAUCCCGAACCGCCCAAGAAGAAGGUCGACGCCAUCGCUGAAGCCUGGGGUAUCCACGAGCCAGAACCAUACGAGGAAUUUUUUGCUGGUGGCGGCAAAGCCGAAGGCGACACCCCGGCCAGUUCCAUCUACAAUGGUAAAGACGGGCGCAAUGGGCGCUCCAAGGACGACACUCGAGAGGGGCGGUCCCGUGCCCCUGUCGCCCGUCGCCCCGGUGUCCCUCCUCCACAGCCCAUUUUUGUACCUGAAGCAGAAAUCGAACAGCCCUCUAGUUCGCCGCCAGCCAACGCUCCAGGAUUCCCCAAGAGAUCCAAGUCUCUCAUGCAUCGGAUUCGCAAGAUGCGUGACGCUCCCAAUGUUCCCGUCUCAUCUGAUUUCGAGACCCGACCGCCUUCAUCUCCUUCCUCCCCAUCCAUCCCCAAUCAAGAAGGUCAAUCCUCGAGACCUACCCAUCGCUCGCAAAACUCGUUUUUGGGUCGUUUCGGCGUAAAGUCCAAUCAAAGUGCGCCCAUCUCUACCCAAAACGAGACCCCGGAACCUUACGUCUUCAUUGAUAACCAGAAGCAGGACAAAGCUCUACCCGCGACUCCUCUAGAGAUUAGGGCUGCAGAGAAUGCCUAUCACUCUGAUAGUCAGCAACAGGGUGGUGCUCAAUUGGGGAGGAAAACCAGCUUGAUGAAGAAAGUGGGUCGAGUAGUGCGGGGAAGAUAA